CAAGAGAGUCAGCGAGAGCCACCUGAAAAAAUGUCAACCAAACAUUAAUCGGAUGUCUUCACUCUUCAUAAAUAGUUCACGAAAACCCUACCAGGAAAAAAUAUCCAAUUUAAAUUGAUAAAUAUUUAUAACUAUAAGUAUCUCUCUCGUGUGGAUCCUCAUCAUUUCAUGUAACCACAAUCUGAGAAGACACAACAAAUUAAGAUCCAACAUCAAUACACACACACAUAUAUAUAUAUAUAUAUAUAUAGUGAGAAAAAAAGAAGCUAUGGGAGAUCAUCAUGAUUUCAUCAACUCAGGAAGCUGGUGGAAAGUAUCUUCUUCUUCUUCACCAUCUUCUUCUUCUUCCAUGAGAGCAAGCUCUAUUGAAUCUGGUGGUUCUGCUGUUUUCCAUGAUAAGCUUCAUCAUCAUUCUUUAGCUACUGAUCACCAUCUUCAGAUGAUUGGUUUAGGACUUUCUUCACAAUCACCUGUUGAUCAAUGGAACCAAUCUCUCUUACGAGGAGAUAGUAAAGCGGAGACAAGCUUUGGUGUGAUGCUUCAAGAGAAUCUCAAUUUAGAUGCCACUUCAAACGCAAACGCUAACACAACGUCAUCCACAUCUUCUUACCAGCUGCAAGAAUCUGAUUCCUCUCACCAUCAUCAAGCUUUGUGGCGAGAUCCACAAAGCGAUUUCAAACCGCAGAUUUUAACGAGUGGUGGUAAUCGCGGGUUUUUCUUAGAUCAUCAGUUCAGUCCUCAUGGUAGCUCAAGUACCGACAGUAGCACAGUAACAUGUCAAGGUUUCGCUGUUGACAACUCGUCAAACGCCAUGUACGCAGCAACAACAACAACUCCUAAUUCAUCUUCCGGUAUGUUUCAUCAUCAGCAAGCAGGUGGUUUUGGCUCUUCUGAUCAACAACCGUCGAGGAAUCAUCAACAGUCAUCUCUUGGCUAUUCUCAGUUUGGAUCAUCCACCGGAAACUAUGAUCAAAUGGCGUCAGCGUUACCAUCGACUUGGUUUUUAAGAUCUUCUCCGCCGCCAAAACCACACAGUCCUUUGAGAUUCUCUAAUAACGCAACGUUUUGGAACCCCGCGGCUGCGGGAAACGCCGGUGCUCCUCCUCCUCAUGACGCGUCUUCUAACUUUUUCCCGGCGUUACAACCGCCGCAGAUUCAUCCGCAGAGUUUUGACGAACAACCAAAGAAUAUAUCGGAGAUUAGAGAUUCAAGUAGCAACGAAGUAAAGAGAGGAGGAAACGAUCAUCAGCCGGCGGCGAAAAGAGCUAAGAGCGAAGCAGCGUCUCCGUCACCAGCUUUCAAGAGGAAAGAGAAAAUGGGGGACAGAAUCGCUGCGCUCCAACAAUUGGUUUCACCUUUCGGAAAGACUGAUGCAGCCUCAGUGCUCUCUGAAGCCAUUGAAUACAUUAAGUUCUUACACCAACAAGUUUCUGCUCUGAGCAACCCAUACAUGAAAAGUGGAGCUUCUUUACAACAUCAACAGGUAAUAUUUUAAUUAUAUAAUUUUAUGUAUACAUUAUUAAACCAUUAUCAUACUGUUAUUAUUAUUAUACCAUUGAAUAAACGUAUGGCUCUCGUUCGCAUUCUUUAUUACAUGUAUUUAAUAUGGUUGCUUCAUCUUUAAGAUUGGACAAUAAAGCAUUAUUCCAAGAAACAAUGUAGCGAGACGGUUUUUGCAACGAAAAAAGAAAUCAUUUGCAACUUAUAUUUUUUCUUUGUUUUCUAAUGAUGAUGCAGAGUGAUCAUUCCACAGAGCUAGAAGUAUCAGAAGAACCAGAUCUUAGAAGUCGAGGUUUAUGCUUAGUGCCAGUUUCAAGCACAUUUCCAGUGACACACGAUACUACAGUAGAUUUCUGGACUCCUACAUUUGGUGGGACUUUUAGAUAGAUAUAUAGACGGAAAAUCGUAUAUUAGAUGUCGGGUAACGUACGUAUCUUUUUUAACUUAUAAUAUAUACGUUGAUUGCUGAUAAGAAUCACCGCAUUUUUAAACGAAGAGGAGAUAAGUUAAUGGACAAGUGAAACGUGUUGUCCAUUUAUACUUCUUAUUCAUAGAACUAAAAAAUAAUGUGUAAUUGAAGAACCAUGCAUAGAUAUAUAAGAGCUAUUGAGAUUUGACAUGUAUUUUUUCACACGACCAAAUUAAUUCCAAACAUAUAUCUAUAGGUUUUUUUGGGGGGUUAUAAUAGUUAUGUAUGAAAGAUAG